AUGGCGCCCAGCAGAGGGCCCUUGGAGGAAGCAAUGAAGGCCAAGCUGCGACAAAUGCAGGUUGCGCGGGACGCUGAUCUCGGGCGCCUGCAGGAUCAGCUCUCUGCCAAUCUGGCAACAGUCCAGAACCGCGAUGAGGAGCUGAUGGCUGCAGAGGCCCGGCUGCAAGCCUGGACCAUGGAGGCCGCACAGCUGAGAAGCUCAGCGCAGGGUGAAGAACAACUUCGAGCCAACUGUGAGCAACAAUCAGCUGUGCUGAGAUCCAAGCUGGAGCAGGCUUUUGCUUCACAUGCGCAGCUGGAGACGCAGCUCCACGACUCCCAGAGGCGAUUGGAAGAAGAGGCUACCGCAGCGCAGCGGCGCAAAGCCGGGGAGGAUAGGAUGCGCGAGGAGUUGCUGCAGGCUGAUGACAUCACAAGCGACUGCCCAACCAUGCUGUGUGUCAGACACUCUGCAAAUGCCGGAAUAACCUGA